AUGGUCUACACAACCCUGAAGAGCUCCCAGAAAGUCUUCGCUGCCUCCAGACAGGCUCACAAAGUGGCCGCCAAAGUAAAUACAACAUAUACCAUCUUUUCUCCAUUUGCAGCCCUGGAGAGGGUUGCUCCAGAGGAGACGGUCACCGGCACCUUCGCCACCUUCAUUCAUGGUAUCAGCUCCGACCUCCUGUCCGAAAUGGUGCGCCACCGGAGCAAGCGCAUGAUCUUGGACAGCAUUGGGGUGGGGCUGGUGGGCAGCACGACCCACGUGUUCGACAUCGCCCUUCACUUUUGCCAGGACACCUUCUCUUCCAGCCCAGUGAGCUCCGUUUAUGGGAGGAAAGGUCUCAAGAUGUCUCCUCCUCUGGCUGCGUUUGCCAACGGAGUGGCGUCCCACUCCAUGGACUUUGACGACACCUGGCACCCGGCCACUCACCCUUCGGGGGCUGUCCUGCCAGCCCUCCUGGCUGCUUCCCAGAUGCUGCCGGCCUCCGCCAGGCCCUCCGGCCGCGACUUCCUCCUAGCCUUCAACGUGGGCAUCGAGGUACAGGGACGGCUCCUGCGCUUCUCCCGGGAGGCCAGCAACAUCCCAAAGAGGUUCCACCCUCCCUCGGUGGUGGGCACCCUGGGCAGCGCUGCAGCGACCGCCAAGCUCCUCUCCCUCGAUGCUGCCCGGUGCGGCCAUGCUUUGGCCAUCGCGGCCUCAUUGGCUGGGGCACCCAUGGCCAACGCUGCUACCUCGGCCAAGCCCUUCCACGUCGGGAAUGCCACACGCCUGGGGCUGGAGGCUGCCUUGCUGGCCUCCCGGGGGAUCGAGGCCAAUCCGCGCAUCCUGGACGACGUCCCUGGCUGUGCCGGGUUUAGCGCUUUCUAUGGCGACUACAAUCCCAGGCCACUGGCGCUGCGGCCCGAGGGCCACAAAUUCCUCCUUGAGGAGCAGGACAUUGCCUUCAAGAGCUUCCCGGCCCACCUGGGCAUGCACUGGACGGCGGAAGCCGCCCUCUCCGCCAGGAACCUCUUGGUCAAUCAUUAUGGGCACUUCUCUCCCUCGGACGUCCGCACCAUCAUCCUGAGGGUCCCUGUCUCCAAGUACAUCAAUCGUCCCUUCCCGGAAUCGGAACACGAGGCCCGGCACUCCUUCCAGUUCAAUGCCUGCACAGCCCUCUUGGAUGGCGAGGUGGGCAUCUCCUCCUUCCAUGACCACCAGAUCCAGCGCCCGGAGCUGGCCCAGCUCCUCUCCAAGGUGGCGGUGGAGCACCCAGAGGACAACCCGGCCAGCUUUGAGAAGAUGUACGCGGAGGUGGCUCUGGUCCUGCAGAAUGGGGACGUCCUGACGGGGCGAUGUGACACCUUCUACGGCCACUGGAGGAGGCCACUGAGCAGGGAGUCGCUCCUGAGGAAGUUCCGAUCCAACGCUUCCCAGGUGCUUCCCGAAGACAAGGCCGAGAGCAUCAUCCAAAUGGUGGACGACCUGGAGAGCCUCCCUGACGGCGCAUUGCUGGCCUCUUGCUUGUAGAACACUGGGAAGCUCAGCUCCAACAAGGAACAGGCUCAACAUUUCAAGGACACCGCCUUCUCCUAUUUUAAAUGAUGAUAAUGAAUAGUGUGAAUCUUGCACCUGAUAUUAUUUAUCACCCACUAUUUCCUUUUGGAGAUUAAAUUUCCCUUGUUCUGCUGGUCAGACAAAAAUCAAGUGCUUGAGAGGUUCACUGAACUGCCUUCCAAGGCAGGAUUUUGAUUCAUAUGGAAGUACUAGCUGCGCCCGGCCAUGCAUUGCUGUGGCAAAGUAUGGUGGGAUGGGAAAUAAAGUAUUGAGGAAUUGGUGGUAGUUAAGGUAAAGGGUAAAGUUGUGGAGUCCAGAUAAUCCAGUUAAAGCAGAUAAUAUAAGAUUAUAUGGGUUAUAUAGCUGUGUGGAAGGGCCUUGAGUCUACACUGCCAUCUAAUCCAGUUAAAAUCUGAUAAUCUGUAUUUUAUAGGCAGUGUGGAAGAGGCCUAAGUGAGGCCUAAUUCUGCCUGUCCCCUGGGUGAGUGGGUUGCUAGGAGACCAAGUGGGCGGAGCUUAGCCUUCUAACUGGCAGCAAUUGGAUAAAAACAAUUAUUCCUCUCCCUCUAAUUAGGACUUUAUUUUUCUUUUCUUUUUGAUGUAUCAACCCAGUGGCAUGGAUGAUGGGUUGUGUUGUCAAUUUUCGAGGUUGUGGGGUGUUUAGUUUUGUUGUUUUGGCGGUCGCCAGGAUUCCAUCACUCUUUUAUAUAUAUAGAUAUAUCAAUGUGCCUCCCUAAAACUCUCAAAUUUCAAAUUUGAGUAGCUUCUGCUGACAUUUCAGUCACAAAGCGACUUUGGAUAUUAAAUCUAUUUAUUCCCAAAAAUCAGGGGGUUUUUUUCCCUAGGAAGGAAGAUGUUGAAAGUCUUUGAAGCCUUACUUGAUCAAACAAACUUUCCCCAACUGCUUCCCUUUGAAAUGACUUUUCUCUGUCUUGCAUUGCUACUGAUUCUUAAAUUAUGAAAUGUAUUUAUAAAUCAUUUGUAAGGAUAAAGAAAAUAAAA